ACAAUUUUAUUAAUUCUGAAUACUUUAAAAAAUGACGACCAGUUCAGAUAACAAAAUUAACGAUAAUAAAUGGGAUCGAUGGAUCGAGAAUGGAAUUGCUAGUGAUUAUAUCAAUUACCAUGAUUUCGAUGAAUUUCAAAAUAUAAAACGUAUUGGUACUGGAGGAUUUGGCGAAGUUUAUCGAGCUAAUUGGGAAAGUUCAAAUACCGUUGUUGCAUUAAAAUCUCUGAAAAAUGAUGAUUGUUGUAUGAAAGAAAUUGCUAACGAGAUAACGAUGAUGCAUAAAGUUAAUUUUCAUACGAAUAUUGUUCAAUUUUAUGGUAUUACCAAAAGAAAAAAUAAUAACAGAGAUAGCGUUGAUUCAGAUUACUUGUUUGUCCUUGAAUAUGCAGAUAGUGGUACACUGAGAGAUUAUUUAGAAAAUAAUUUCAAUAAAUUAAAUUGGAAUGAUAAAUUACAAUUUGCGAUUCAAAUAGCUGAUGCCGUUUCAUGUAUACAUCGCAAGAAUAUUGUUCAUCGUGACCUACAUUCUAAAAAUAUAUUAGUUCAUAAGAAUAUUAUCAAAUUAGCAGAUUUUGGUCUUUCACGUAGGGCUGAAGUAUCAACUUCUACAAACAAUAUUAUGGGAGUGUUACCUUAUAUUGAUCCACAUCAUUUCAAAAAUAAAACAAACAACGAUAAUAAAAAUCUUCCAAGUAAAAAAUCAGAUGUGUAUAGUGUUGGUGUUCUUCUAUGGGAAAUAUCAUCUGGACAAAAACCAUUUGGAUCUAACGAUGCAUCAUUUUUACUGUUUGAUAUUAUAAACGGUAAAAGAGAAACUCCAAUCUCUGAUACACCAGUUGAUUAUGUUAAUAUUUACACAAGUUGUUGGCAAGAUAAUCCAGAUGACAGACCAGAUAUGAGAAAAGUACUUUCUGAAUUAAUGUUAGUAAAUAUUAAUGAAAAACUAGUAAAAACCUGGGAAAAUACAACUGCUAGUGAUAAUUAUUCAUCAAAUGACUACACGUCGAUUAAAUCAUUAUUACAUAAUUCGUUAAGUUGUUUGUUACAACUUGGAAACGAAGGAAUAACUACCAAAACUACAGAUGUUCAAUCGAGAUCAAGUAAGAAUGAAUUGCUGAGAAGUUUCCUGAAAGAUCAUAAAGAAAGUCUUAAAUUAUAAGAGUCUUAUAGAAGAGUAAAAAAAAUUCUGGUAAUACAAACUAGUAAAAAAAAGAAAAAAAAAUAAUGCAAAUUCAUUAAAUUGUUAUAUUCUCUUUUCAUUUCAUAGACUCAAACAUUUUCGAAAAAAAAAGAUUUAGAAACUAAGUUCUUUAGGUCAAAACGUGAAAUUUCAAUUACUUCAAUUUUAGGAUUUUAUGUGUGCGCAGUAGUCAAUUUAGUACCUGCGUAUUAAUUUUCUAUAAUAACUUUAUUUAGAUUUUAGAUGAAUUUAGAACAUUAUUUAUUUUAUAUUACGAUCAAUUGAAAUACUAUAUUUAAAUAAAUAUCUUAAGUUUU